AUGAAGCCUUCAAUACGGUCCUGGGCGGCAGCAUCGUGCAAACUCCUUGGGUCGACAGCUCUCAACGCACCUAGUGCCGCUCGAGCAGCGGCGUCCACAUCGCAGCACAUGCAGCUCCGCCACGCGUCCACACGGCGUCACCCCGACCAAGGGGCGGCUUGCUCAUCGACGCUGCGUUUUGACCCCAACCGGAUCGCACCAUCAACACAUAUAACAAGGUUUUCUGGAAUGUCGGCCACCGGCAACGCCGGGAUCAAGACUCGGCAUCCCGCGACGGCGGCGGGUGGGCAAUCGUCGGGGCUCUUUCGAUCGUUCUGCACAUCGCAGCCGAGCGUACCUCUGCAAGCAGCGCCUUUAGGACUGGGCAUCGCAGCGUGGGUAUGGUCUCGCAUGCCACGCUUGCGGUCAGAAAGCAGUCCAUCGCGCUCGUCGCUGCGUUCGCGCAACCAGCCCUCGCCGCUCUUCCAUCGCCCCUCCCCCACCCCAGGCGGUGGCGGUGGCUCUGGCGGCAACCCACGUCGACGACCGGGUCCAUCGUGGCUGGCCUCGUUCGCUGCGCACAUUGACGAACGCUUCUGGAGCCGCUUCGAUCCGCGCGCGGUGAUCUUUGCGGUGGUUGGCGUCAACGUGCUGGUGUUCGUCGGGUGGGCAUGGGCGCGCGAGAUGUUGGAUCGCUUCGGCGACCCGCGCCCGUCGAUCAGCAUGGCCAAGCACUUUCUCUCGGGCGAAAUCAACAUGGGCGAGGGGAGGUGGUGGACGCUGUUGACCAACUGCUUCUCGCACCAAGCGCCGACGCAUUUGAUCUUCAACAUGGUGACGCUGGGCUUCAUGUCGCCCCCCGUGCUUGCGCUCACGGGUCCGACGAUGUUCCUGCUGCUGUACUGCGGUGGCGGCAUCAUCAGCAGUGUCGUUUCCAUGGUGGGGAAGAGGGUGAUUGAGACGGAGGAACAGCAGAGCAGGAGACCGUUCAGUCAUGGGGCGAGUGGAUCGGUGUAUGCGAUCAUGAGCACGUUCGCGUGCGUCCAGCCGCGCGCCCAGUUGUUGCUGUUCUUCGUGCUGCCCGUGCCGGCAUGGGCGUGCGUGUCGGGCAUCUUUGCUUGGGAUGUUGCGCAGGCCGUGCUCAAUCCGGGCCAACGCACCGAUUCCGCAGGUCAUAUCGGCGGCGUCCUAGCCGGCAUCUUGUUCUGGCGCUUCGGUCUCAAAGGCAUCCAGAUGCACUAG